AUGGCAGCGCACGUGGCCGAGUACCGCGAGAUCGUGCUGCACGCGCCGCCCGGUCUCGCCUUCUGCGACAACUUUGUCAUCUCGUCCAAGUACACCCUUCUCUCGUUCGUGCCCAAGUUCCUCCUCGAGACCUUCCGGAAGCUCGCGAACGCGUACUUUCUCGUCGUCUCGCUCAUGCAACUCGUGCCGUCGAUCAGCAACACGGGCGGGCGGGCGUCGACGGCGCUCACGCUCAUGUUCAUCAUGCUCGUCGACGCCGUCUUCGCGGUCCUCGAGGACCACAAGCGCCACGUGGCCGACAACAUCGCCAACGCCCGCGUCACGGCCGUGCUCGAUCCCGCGACCGGCGAUUUCGCCCCGAAGAUGUGGCGCGAUGUCCUAGUCGGCGACUUUGUCAAGCUCGCCAACCACGACCAGGUGCCGGCCGACUUGCUCAUUCUCGCGGUGGCCGAGCAGGUCGGCGUGCCCCCGUCCGGCAUUUGCUACGUCGAAACAAAGUCGCUCGACGGCGAAACCAACAUGAAGGUGCGGCAGGCGAUGGAGGCGACGUCGAUCGUGGGCGGGGACCCGUCGGCGCUACUGCGGUUGCGCGGAUACGUGCACUGCGAGCACCCGAACGCCGCCAUCAAUUCGUUCCAAGGGGUCUUGGCGCUGCAGCGAGACGACAAGAGUGAGACGAAGGAGGCGAUCCCGUACAAGAGCGUGCUCUUACGCGGGUGCACGCUUCGCAACACCGAGUGGAUCGUCGGCCUCGUCCUCAACACGGGCAAGGACACGAAGAUCAUGCGCAACAACUCGGCGACGCCGUCGAAAAUGAGCUCCAUGGACGUGGCCAUCAACCGGUACAUCAUCGUGCUCGUGUUGAUCCUCCUGCUCUGCUGCGCGAUUGGCGCGACCGGCAGCGUCUUCUGGGACCAUGCCAACUACCGUGUGUGGUACAUUGGCGGCCUCGCUCCGAUCGCGCCGGACGCGUUCGUGCCGAUCUCACUGUACGUCUCCAUGUCCAUGGUCAAGUACAUCCAAGCCAUCUUCAUCCAGUGGGACAUCCACAUGUACUACGCCGAGACCGACACGCCGGCGCUCGUCCGCACCAUGUCGCUCAACGAGGAGCUCGGGCAAGUGAGCUACAUCUUCUCCGACAAAACCGGCACGCUCACGUGCAACAUGAUGGAGUUCCGCAAGUGCUCGGUCGGCGGCACGUCGUACGGCAGAGGCACGACCGAGAUUGGGCUCGCAGCCCUUCGCCGCGCCGGGCACCCCGUGCCGGAAGAGGCCCCGGUUAGCAGCGUCUCGCGCCCGGUUGCCCCGUACGUCAACUACGACGGGCCCGAGAUCUACGAGCACAUGGUCGGCGAAGCCGGCGCCGACCAAGCGGCGCGCCUGCACCACUUCUUCGUGCACCUUGCCGUGUGCCACACGGUCAUCCCCGAGCGCCGCGAAGGCUCGGACGAGGUGACGCUGUCGGCGUCGUCGCCGGACGAGCAGGCGCUCGUGGCCGGUGCUGGCUUUUUUGGCUACGAGUUUAUGAACCGCGUGCCGGGCCGCGCCUUCUUGCGCAUCAAGGCCGAGACCUUGCAAUAUGAGCUGCUCGAUGUGCUCGAGUUCACGUCGGCGAGGAAGCGCAUGUCGACGGUCGUGCGGGAUCCAUCCGGACAGCUCCUUCUCUUUACGAAAGGCGCGGAUGUUGUCAUUUUCGAGCGGCUCAAGAAAGGCGCGUCCGCGCUCCUUGCCGCGACGAGCACGCACAUCAACGUGUUUGCCGAGGAAGGGCUCCGCACGCUCACGAUUGCGAUGCGGGAGCUGGACGAAGACGUCUACGCGUCGUGGCACCGACGGUACCACGUCGCCCUCAACGACCUCGCCGAGAUCGAGAAGCGCAAGCGCGAGGCGCCAAACGCUAUUGACGCGUGCAUGGAGGAGCUCGAGACGAACUUGGAGCUCCUCGGCGCGACCGCGAUCGAAGACAAGUUGCAGCCUGGCGUGCCCGACACGAUUGCGACGCUGGCCGACGCCGGCAUCAAGAUCUGGGUGCUCACCGGCGACAAGGAAGAGACAGCGAUUAACAUCGGCUUUGCGUGCAACCUUCUCCACAACAGCAUGACCCGCAUCGUCAUCAACGCAGAGCGGUGUCCGACGGCGACAGCGACCGAGUCCGAGCUCCGGCGGCAGCUCGCGCACCGAGUCAAGGACGAGGAAGUUGCGCUCGUCAUUGACGGCGAAAGCCUCGUCGUUGCGCUCCAUGGUAGCUGCCGUCUCCCACUCCUCCAGCUCGCGCGCGGCUGCAAGGCCGUGAUCGCAUGUCGCGUGUCGCCGGCGCAGAAGGCCGAGAUGGUCGACCUCAUCCGGAGCCAUGUGCCCGGUGUCAAGACGCUUGCGAUCGGCGACGGCGCCAACGACGUGCCGAUGAUCCAGGCUGCACACAUUGGGAUCGGGAUUUCCGGGCAAGAAGGGCUCCAAGCCGUGAACGCCAGUGAUUAUGCGAUCGCGCGCUUUCGGUUCCUCAAGCGGCUCCUCUUGGUGCACGGCCGGUGGAGCUACCUCCGCAUGGCGCAGCUCGUCGUGUACAUGUUUUACAAGAACAUUCUGCUCACGGCCGCGCAGUUCUGGUACACGUGGAUGUCGGGGUUCUCGGGCCAGAAAUUCUACCUCGAGACCGGGUUCCAGAUCUACAACGUGAUCUUUACCGCGUGCCCGGUCGUGUUACUGGCCAUCUUUGACAUGGAUAUCCACGACGACAUGGCGCUGCGGUUUCCAAAGCUGUAUAUGCUCGGGCCCGAGAACGGGUGCUUGAACCCGACGGUGUUUUCGCUCUGGAUCGCGUCGGCGCUCGCCGAGUCGGUGGGCGUCACCCUCCUCCUCGUGCACGGUCUCCAGGACGCCGGUGUCUACGCCGAGUCGCCGCCCAUGUGGUACCUCGGCAACAUUGUGUUUACGAUCGUUGUUGUGCUCGCAAACGCCAAGCUCGCGCUCUUUCAGCACGCAUGGCACCCGGUGCACUACAUCGUCUAUCUCGGGUCGGUCGGGCUCUGGAUCGCAGUCGCCUUUGUCGCGUCGAGCUGGGACGAGCUCGCGGGCUGGUACUGGAGUGGUAUGAUGGGCGUGACCGUGCGCACGCCCGCCUUUUGGCUGGUGCUGCUGCUCGUGCCCGUCACGCUGCUCCUUCCGACGUACGUGAUGAACGCGGCCAAGGCCGAGUGGCGCCCCGAGUACAACCAGCUCGCGAAGGAGGUCGCUCACUUGCAUCUGGACGAGUCGCUCCUAACGUGGCAGGGUCGCACCCCGCGCGAGCCAUCGGCGCUGCUAGUGAAAUCGGCGAUUGCGCAGGCCAAGCACGCCGCGACGGUGGUCCCCGUCGGGGAAAAGAAGCGCGUGAGCUUGAGUCAAAUGCUGCGGUGCGGCGUCCAUAAUGGCUUUGCGUUCUCGUCCGACAGCCAUGCGAGCCGCGCCGAGGCCAAGCGGACGCUGCGAAGCCAAGGCUCGGACGUCGUUGCGAUCGUCAAGGAAGAGGCCAAAGCCGCAAAUAGUAGCAGUAGAUAG